UUCAAAUUCCGCCAAUUUCGUUUCGACUGUUUCAGGCUCUCGCAAUAUGUCACCGCUCCGCCUGCAUUGAGCGUUGCACAAAGAACUCCUUUCCCUCCCGUUUCCCACCUGAAAACAGUGGCGAAUUACGCGAAACGUGACAUUAAUCAGAAACUAAAUCGGGAACCGUGUCAUGCAACCGUAAAUUAUGUUGGUCGAGAAAAUAGGUUACGCAGCGAUCGUAUAUUGGGGUUAUAGAUUCUCCCGUGAUGUAAUAUAUCGAGUAUACAAGAAUUUCUUCUCCGUGUCCGUGGUCGAUUUAUGUUCGAUGGGUAAGUGGGCGGUGGUCACAGGAUGUUCUCACGGGAUCGGAAGAGCAUACGCGGAGGCACUAGCGAGGAUCGGGUUGAACGUGAUCCUGAUCAGCCCCGACACGGAGAAUUUAAAGGCCAUCGCGAGCAAUAUCGAGGCGAUGUACAACGUGAAGACAAAGGUGAUUAAGCUGGAUCUGUCGGAGGGUCUUGAGACGUACAACGUGAUUGAGAAAGAGAUGUUUGGCCUAGAGAUUGGCGUGUUGAUAAAUAAUCUCGGCAUGUCGUACCCGCAUCCGGAAUACUUUCUGGAUCUGCCUCAUAAUGAAAAGAUUUAUAUGAGUAUCGUUCAUUGUAACGUAGUCGUUGUAACGAAUAUGUGUCGUAUCCUGUUACCUCAAAUGGUCGUCAGAGGAAAGGGAGUAAUAGUGAACGUAGCCUCAAUGGUUGCUGUGUUGCCGAGCCCUUUGUUAACAGUGUUCGCCGCGACGAAGGCGUACGUCGUGAAAUUCAGUAGAGACUUGCAGAUAGAAUACGGGAAACACGGUGUGAUCGUUCAGUGCUUAUUACCAGGCACAGUGACAAAUCACACGACGGAGUCACCGCGGUCAGGAUGGAUGGUCCCCACACCUGAAAAAUACGUACAGAGCGCGAUCAGAACAAUAGGCAAGGAAAACGUCACCACCGGAUUUCUUCAACACUCCAUAUUGAUCGGGAUAAUGAAAUUCGUUUAUCGAAUAUCGCCAAGGUCCAUCAUCGUUUGGAUGAUUAAUAUCAUGGAAGGAAAUCGGAAUAACGCGCUUCGACGAUACGUCGGAUGACUUUGUAGAAAUAUCUGAAUAUACGAUAUAUAUCUUUGCCCAAGUAAAACGUUUUCUUACCUUUCUUCUCUACGUUUCAUAGAGUAAUGGUAUAUUUUAGAUG